AUGCUCGCUCCUACCCUCUUGGAUUGCUGGCAUGUCGGCGAUCUACAAAGGUUUCGCUCCUUACUCAAGGGCUCCCCGCCCGACAAGUCCGCCUCCACACAGCCAAGCGCCAUCCCAUCCUAUGGAGGCCACAGCGCCGCCUUCUCCAAGUCUCCACACAGCUACAAGGAUCCAUCGACGCCCUGUCCACCAGCCGAAGUGAACCGGCGCGACCAUCUCGGUCGUACAGUUCUCCAUCACAUCGCCUCCAGCUCCGAUCCAUCCUGCCUUAGCUACCUCAACGCCAUCUUGGCACACCCUAGCGUCAAUGUCAACUUGCAGGACGCAGAGAGCGGAUAUACUCCACUUCAUCGAGCGCUCUACCUCGCCAACUUGCACACCGCUAUCCUCCUCCUCCGCAGGUCCGACCUCGACCUCCGCAUCAAGGACUUUGAAGGCCUUACCGCUUUCGACCUCUACAAUUCCACCGUCGCCGGCACAAAUCCUCCACCAGAUGCUCUCUCCUUUGAACCAAACCGCCACCAUCACUCACGCACCUUGACGCAACUCUUCACAUGGGGUUCCAAUCGAAACUACAACCUCGGCCUCGGCGAUGGCGACGAUCGGCAGCUCCCAGACAAGAUCUCCCUUCGUGCCCCUUCCACAUCCAACAUCAACACGUCACACUCAAUACACCACUCCUUCCACACUUCAUUACCCGCCGGCAAAAAGUUUGACCGCAUCGGCAUCAAAGAUGUUGCCAUGGGCCGUCUCCACACCGUCAUCUUGACCGACGAAAAGGUUGCCAACGUAUGGCUCUGCGGUCUCGGCAGCAACGGUCGUCUCGGCAGGUCUCCCCAAACCCAAACCUCUUUCGAGCCGCUCAAAGACUUUACCGAUACCGCACGUUCCCUUGCCGUCGCUCAGGAUCACACCCUCAUCAUCACCGCAUCCGGCGCCGUCUACUCUUUCGGUCUCAAUCGUUUCGCACAGCUUGGAUACACCAUCGAGCACGGCCUCGGCACCGUCGCUUCCACAACCCCCAAGUUCGGAGCGGGCGCUGGCGUCACUUUCGGCCAGACCUCCGCUUCCUCUGCUCAAAACUUGGAGCUCGACAUCCAAAUCUCUCCUAGGCGAAUCGCCGGUCCGCUCAAAAAGGAGGUCGUCCUCGGCGCUGCCUGUAGCAAGCUGCACUCUGUCGUCUUCACCGCCGACGCACUCUACACCUGGGGAACCAACACCGGCCAGCUCGGCUACGACAAAAGCGCCACCGCCGUGCAGGUUCAGCCACGCAAGGUCACUGCUCUCGCCGCAGGCGCCGGCAUUCAGCAGGUCGCCGCUUCCGACUUUGGCACAGCUUGCUUAAUGCACGGCGGCGAGGUCUUUGUUUGGCACAACGACACCCACUUUCGCAUCAACUUUCCCCUCGCUCGCUUCUCCAGCAGCAUCUCAGUCUUUCGACCAAGGCAGGUUCAGCCCAAAACGCUCAUCUCGAAACUCUCGAGCAGCGGAAACACCUUUGCCGCCCUCAGCGACAUGGGCGAUCUCUUUACAUUCAAUCUCGAACACCCUUCCGAGUACGGCAACACUGCCACUCCUCCUCGAGCCGCUCCAUCCACCUCCUCAACCCCAAAGUCAUCCGCAGUGCAAUUAGCUCCCAAGCCGCAGCUUCUCUGGUCGGUACGCAGGAAAUUCACCGCCGUGCGAGACGUGGCCAUCGGCGCAGAUGGCUCCGUCAUCCUCUGCACCGAAAGCGGUCACUGCUUUCACCGUCCACGCAGGAGCGAUGCAGCAGGUGCCAAGCCCGGUGGAGGCAAAAACUUCAAGUUUCAUCAGAUUCCCUAUCUCCAGCGUGUCGUCAAGGUGGCCACAAGCGAAAGCGGGGCUCUCGCUGCCAUCAAAGCAGAUCCCAGCUUACCCGACCUACGAGUCAAGGGCAGAUCCGUUGAAGAGGCACUCUGCGAUCUGCUUCCUCACCUCAAGGUCCAGACCUUGAGUCAAGCCAUCGACCAGGAAAAAGGCAUCACAUCCAAGGUCGUUGAGAUCUCUGAAAGUCCAAGCCGUCUCGACUCGGACACCGACUCGGAGGAUGAGCGCCCUGACCCGGCCCUCAGCACCGACACGGCAAAGUAUGCCAAAAUGGCGCUCCUGAUCGUUGAGAGCCGCAAAGCGCUGGGUCGCAGGUCGAAUGGUAUCCGGGCCCUCCUCCGCUCAACUUUGCACGACCUGACCCAAACACAAACCGCACCUACCACUACAAGGCGCCAGGCUUUCUAUGGCCCUCACAACUUGACACCGCCCUUUGGCUGCGAUGCCUUUCUCAUUGCUGACGGACAUUACUUGCCUGUUCACAAGGUGAUUCUUGGAGCGCGCAUACCCUCAUUACGGACCGUGUUGCAAGAUUCGAGCGCAAAGGACAGCUUGCCACCUGGCAUCAAGCUUUCAGCGGUGCCAGCAGCGGCCGGCACAAACAAGAGCGUCUCGAUCCUGACGCUCUCCAACUGCAGCUUGAUUUCGGUCCUGUUCCUGCUCCACUACAUCUACUCGGACGAUCUCCCACCGAUCUGGGUCCCAAGUGUCGGACUAGUCAUCGACAAGGAACUCAAGGCAGCCAAGGUCGACCGCAUACGUAUUCACGAUGAGCUCCAACUCCUCUCGCAACGCCUUGGCCUCUCUGCUCUAACCACCAGCGUCCAAGCUAGCAUGCCGCGCUCGCCGGAGCCAACCCUGCGCGCAAACAUGUCGACCCUGUUCGAGUCAUUCGUAUCUAUGCAUGUUGACAAGACGCAGGAGACCAAGACCUUCAACGAUGUUUUGCUUCGUCUCGAGGAUCGCACCGUACCGGCCCACUCUGUCAUUCUGCGUAGGUCUCCCUUCUUUUCCGCCUUGUUUCAACCGCAUUGGACAGCGGCGCGCUGGGACAGCAGCAAUAUCAUCACUCUCGAUAUGAGUCAUCUGCGCUGGGAGGUCGCUCGCAUCGUCCUCAUGCAUCUCUACACCGACAACGGCGAGACGCUCUUCACCGGAUGCGACGCUGACCGUUCACUAGAGCAGUACAUGGACUUUUUGGUCGAAGUCAUGGCAGCUGCCAACGAGCUGAUGCUCGACAAGCUCAAGCUCAUCGUCAGCUCCUUACUACGGAAGCGCAUCCUCGCACACACCGUCGGUGCCGUCAUGACCGAGGCAGACUUCUACAAUGCCGAUCAGCUCAAGGACAUUACCAUGGACUACUGCACAAAAAGUAUGGAGGCUUUACUCGAAGGCGGUCGUCUUAACGAGCUCGACCACGGCAUGAUCCAAGCACUCACCGUCUACGUCCGCCACAAGCAGGACGAGAAGCUGCAUCGCAGCUUAGCACAAGAUCGUCUCGCCGCUUUGGUCGAAAAGCACCGAGAUUUCUACGACAACCUUGACAUUCCACCGCCCAGCUUGCAUCUCAUCGUCAACAAGGUCCGGCCCAAGAAGGGAACAGGGCUAGCUGCUGCCAAGUCUCCACCUCUGCUUGCCCAAGACGCGGGUCGACGCCACUCGAGCGCGCGAUUCGGCGUUGCGUCUGCGACCAGUCCUGGUGCCCUGCGACCUGUCACUGCUGGUAUUAUGCAGCGAUCCAUGGCCGACGAUACCUCCGAAGUCUUUUCCAUGGACGACGACGAUUUCACUACGCCCAGAAAGUAUCCUAGCGCCCGCCCGCACGGUUCGCCGUGGGCUGUGCUUCCGCAGGUUGCACAUCUCAGCCUUGAUGACUCCAUGGACAAGAGUGCACCGUCACGGCCGUGGAAAUCUCGUACCGUCGAGGCUGAAAGAAAGCAAGCGGGGGUAAAUCCUUCAAUGUCGCCUGCGCUCCGUCCUGCGGAUGCGCCCACAGACCUUCGCAGCAUCAUAGCCAGGGAGCAGAAGCGUCAGCAGCAGCAGUCCGUAGUGCCUCACAUUUCUAAUGCGACUACACCAAGUGGCUCGGGCACUUGCACUCCUGUACACAAAUCAGCGACGCCAGGCUUUGAGCUCUCUCCUAUCAGCAUCGCCAACGCUCGCCUUUCGCAAAAGGAGCGAAAGAGGCAGCAACAGGAGGCUGGUCUAGCAGCAGCAGCAGCUGCACAGGCACAGCCUAUUGUUGCACGCAGGGGAAGCGUUUCGUCGCCCUGGAAGCUGGCCGCUGCCGGUUCGUCUCCGCCCGACAAGACCACAGCAUCGUCACCAUGGAGUAGGAAAGCCGCCGCAACCACCGCUAUGGCGCUAGAGAGCUCUCACGAGGGUACGCCGCCCUUGACGACGACGUUUAGCAGUCGACGUCCUGCAGCCCUACCUUUGCAAUCGGGUUCUGGGACAGCAACUCAUGCUACCUUUUCCGAGACUGGUGCUUCGCCUGCCAACGGACUCGGGCCGACAUACACGCCCAUGCGCAUGGGGUCCAAGUGCACACCAAAACGCAUGGGUUCAAACGAGCCGGCAUGGUCGACUCCUGCUGUAGCUCCGCCAUUGGGAAUGUACGGUACAUCGCCUUCUCCGGCACCACCGCUAGGAGCAUCGCGUGCUGCUCGACCGGAAGCUCAGCGUGGCGCAUCUUCCAACUUGUCAAGCUCGCUGCGGAAUGCGGAUGCUCAGAGCAUUGCGCGAUCGUCCUCGGAAGUGGCUCACAUUGACCAAGCAGGCUCGCUUGCUUGUACAGCACAGUUGACGUUUGCUCAGAUUCAAGAGCAGCAACGGAUGGCUGUUGAGGCAGAGCAGGAGACCAUCCGACUGGCGGCUGCGGCGCGAAAAAGCUUUAUCGACAUCCAGGAGGAGGAGCGUCAAGCAGAAGAGCGUCGCAAGGAGGAUCAAAAGCAGGCGGCAGAGUUUGAAAGGUGGUUUGCUCAAGAGUCGAAGCGGAUGCAGAAGGAGAAGAAGGCCAACAACGCUGGCGCUAAGGGUAAGGCACACAAGAAGCAAGUCAAGCAGGCAGAGCAGUCGCGGUCGCAGUCGCAGUCGCAGUCGGGCUCAAAGGCAAGUCAAGAUACUGGUCUGGCGAGUGGGGCGAAUGGCAAUUCGAGCAAAUCGAAAAAGUCGCAGCAAGCCGGCAAGAAGAGUGGCAACGAGGGGAGGCAACUCAACGGUGCUACCAGUUCCAAAGGUGCGCAAUCCAAGGGUGGGGCAAAGCAGACAUCUGGUGCUGCCAACCACGGCGAGAACGACAAGCUGUCGCAUCGGAGCAACACCAAAAGCCACAUGGGCAGUGCAGACGCAACCACGUCGAACGCACCCCCACACGCCUCCUCCGUGCAGUUACCGUCCAAGCAUCCUCCGCCAGCUCGGUCCGCACUCCUCUCCGCUGCCGCACCCACAUUCAUGCCCCGUCAAGAAUAG